GUAAAAUUUGGGCGAUACACAGAACACCUUCACCCUGUCUCUCACGCCUGGGUCUAGACAGUAGAUGGCGCACCGAAAGAGAGCGAGGAACAAUGGGGCGAGGGCCAAGACGUGGUUCCUUGGGGCUUGUGUCAUGAACGCGGCAGCGCAAGGCGCUUCGGCGUUCGCCUUUUCCUCGUAUUCUGCUUCGUCUUUUUCUCUCCGCGGGCAAGCCGAUCCGGCCUCCAGAGGUACCGUGCUGGCAAAGCAGGCUGUAGCGCCGGCUGGGCGGGCGGAGAACCUGCUGUCGAUGAAAAUAAAAAAGGCGGGGAAGAAGCCCGUUCGGUCAAGACGGAGUGGGCCUCCUGCUAACGUGGAGGGCUACUCCCACGCUGCUUUCGUCAAGAUGAAGAACGAGGUGGCUCUUCAGGUCGCGACGAACAAGAAGGGCAGCCGCCGCACGAGGACGGUCAACUUUAACGGGGGGAUCGACUCUUGCCCUUGUCUCGUGCUUAACGCCGACUACCAGCCCCUGUCCUACCUCCCCCUCAGUUUGUGGGGAUGGCAGGAUGUGAUCAAGGCAGUGUUCAGCGAGAAGGUUGUCGUGUUGGCCACCUACGGUGACCGUUCCGUUCGGUCCCCCAGCGUGGUGGUACAGCUCCCGAGCGUUAUUGCUCUCAAGGAAUUUGUGAAUAAUCAUAGGACCCACCCACCCUUUACGCGGCGUAACCUGUUCCUGCGCGACUCGCACCAGUGCCAGUACUGCCAAAAGUAUUUUGCCCCGCACAACCUGAGCUUCGAUCACGUCGUGCCCAAGAAACUUGGCGGCAAGGGCACCUGGGACAACGUCGUCACCGCGUGCGGGAGAUGCAACAACCGCAAGAGCGACUGCCACCCGCGAGACCUCAAGUCCAUAGGGAUGAGCCUCGCCAAGUACCCGGUCACGCCCACGUUCAGCCAGCUGCAGGCUAAGGCUAGAAGGUACCCGCCCCUCGAAAUUCACGAAACUUGGGGAGACUACCUUUACUUCGAGAGCGAGAUCCUCGAGGAGGAGGACGGGGGUGACGUGGACGAGACCCCAUAG